UGUUGUAGCAGCUGAUAGGUCUCUAAAUGCGUGUCAACUAUUCCGUAUUAAAACUACUUGGAACAGUACCGGGCAUUUUUCGGACAAAGUCCCCGCUUAGAUAUGGGUCUUGCCGACUGAUGUCCGAUGAUGAAUCCACUCGUAAUCGAAAACCUGGUGGAAGUCACCAAGACGACGAAGUAGGGGGAAGCGAUGACUCCAAAUCGAAGCCAAAGCAGGAUGUCUAUAGCCGUUUCGUCGAGAGCAUAGCAAGUGCUCUGAACUCCGUGACAAGCGGUGGAAGUACCUCUAAAUCUGGAGGGAAGCAAGAUGACGAUGAAGGAAAAAGCGAUGAUUCGAAAGCGAGGCCGAAACAAUGCCGCAGUUUUGUAGAGAGUUUAGCAGUUGCUCUGAAGUCUGUGAAAAGCGGUGUUAAUAAUGCUGUCAAGGCUGCAGCUGAAGGAAGCUGCGGUACAACAUCAAAAUUAAAGUCAUUCACAUUGGAAGGCAUUGCCGAAUUCAUCAAAACAGAAAAGCCGCGUAACAUAAUUGUUAUGAGUGGAGCAGGCAUUUCUACCUCAGCUGGAAUUCCUGAUUUCAGAAGCCCUGGAAGCGGGUUAUACGAUAAUCUACAAAAGUACAACCUUCCUGAUCCUCAGGCAGUCUUCGAUAUAUCGUUUUUCCGUACAAAUCCGGAACCUUUUUACGAUUUAUGCAAACAGCUCUUUCCCGAAACGCUAAAACCAACACCCUGUCAUUUCUUUGUCAAACUGCUUCACAAGAAGGGUAUCUUACGGAGAUGGUUCACGCAGAAUAUCGACUCACUAGAAUUUAUCACUGGCGUGCCUGACGACAAAAUAGUAUGUGCUCAUGGCAAUCAUCACACAAGCACUUGUCUCAAGUGCCACAAAAAAUACGAUAUGCAGUGGAUUACAGACCGCAUAAAAGAUCCUGCUUGCAAAGUACCGAAAUGUGAAAAAUGUGAUGGAGUGGUUAAACCAGAUAUCGUAUUUUUCGGCGAGAAUUUACCGGAACGCUUUUUCAAGUGCGCUAUCUCGGAUUUUCCGAAGUGUGACUUAUUGUUGAUAUUGGGAACAUCGCUGGUUGUACAGCCUUUUGCCAGUAUGGUGAAUGAGGUGUCAGAAGAUGUUCCCCGUUUGCUAAUUAACAGGGAAGAGGCAGGACGUGCUGGCUUGUUUGAACGCGCUAUGGGCAUCCAAGGACUGUGUUAUGGAAUGAAUGAGAACAAGAGAGAUGUCUUUUGGCAAGGAACAUGUGACGACGGUUGCCGAAAGUUGGCGGAACUGCUCGGUUGGGAGCACGAGUUGGAUGCUUUGAUCCAGGAAGGCGGAGUGGAGGGUAAAGUCAAACUGUAGGUAAUGCAUUCUCGAUGUAGCCAUCCUGAAUUUGGGCUAUGCAAGGUUUGUACAUCUCUGUAUCUAUUGUAUCAACAUAAUAACUAUAUCUAAUCAGAAAGUGUUGUGAGUAUAUGGAGUAUAUGAUUAGGAUGUAGUUCGUAUUUUUUAGUCCGGUCAUUAUUAACUUAAUCCAAGCUUUCAUGCCAGUGAAGCAGAUGUCAAUGUAUUGUGAUUUUUCAGUAUCGUGGCUUUGUACAGUGCAUAUAUCUAAUCCUCACUGAUAAACGAAGUAUU